CCGGUGCAUUGUGGGUAUUACGUCCACAUGCACGUUUCUCUCAUCCAGCAUGGCAGGGAAAAAUAAGAGGAAGUUGGGAGAUCUGAGUGUGGAUGAGUUCCUGUCGUCAGGAUUUGAUUUUGAGGAGGACGGUGAUUCUCAGGAUGAGGACGAAUCAACACAACAGGAGAGUAAGAGUAAGAAACCUGCACCCCCCAAAAAGUCUGUCAAAAAGCAGGGCAAAGCGUCCGAGCACAAGGACCAGCUAUCAGAACUGAAGCGCAAAGACCCAGAAUUCUUUAAAUUCUUAGAAGAUAAUGACAAGACUCUCCUGAACUUUGAGGACUCUGAUAGUGAUGAAGCUGAAGAUGAAGAGGAGAGGAUGUACCACAAACUCCCAUCGCAACUGGAGGAUGCCAAUUCGGAUGAUAAUGAAGAGCAAGAAGCGGAUAAAAAGAAUGUGAAAACAACUAAGAAGUCUAAUGAAGCUAUCAAAGUCACAGAAGCCAUGAUUGAGAACUGGAGAACAGGACUGACGAAAGAGCCCACGUCACGAUUGUUUAGGGACAUCACGCAAGCCUUCAAGGCCGCUGUAGCUACAACGAAGGGUGAAUCUGAUGAGCAGUGUCGCUACACCAUCGCAGAGAGCACAGUGUUUAAUUCCCUCAUCCUGUUCUGCAUAAAGGAAAUGCAUGCAGUGCUUAAUAGAAUGCUUAACCUCAGAGCUCCAGAAAAAGAUCAGAAGAAAAUGAUACUUCCAUCGUCGAGUCCCAGGUGGCAUAAACAUCAGAUUGAUAUUAAGAUGUAUAUAGCUGGUGUUGUCCAGCUUCUUUCCAGUUUAAGCCAGUCAACAGUCAUAGAUGCAGUUCUUCGUCAUACCCACCAGAUGGUGCCAUUCUACCUGUGUCUGCCAAAACAGUGCAGAAUCCUGGUGAAAAACUUGAUCAGACAUUGGAGCACAGGAGAGGAGACCGUGAGGGUUCUGGCCUUUUUGGUACUUAACAAGAUCUGCCGCCAUAAACCAGAGAGCCAUCUAAAUAACGUUCUCAAGCAAAUGUACAUCGCCUACGUGAAGAACUGCAAGUUCACCUCACCCAACGCUCUUCCCAUGAUUAGUUUCAUGCAGAGGACUCUCACAGAGAUGUACUCACUGGACACGCAGAUGUCCUACCAACAGGCCUUCAUCUACAUCCGUCAGCUGGCCAUACACCUCCGCAGUGCCAUGAAUAUGAAAAAGAAGGACACAUAUCAGUCGGUGUAUAAUUGGCAGUAUGUGCACUGUCUGUAUCUGUGGUGUCGGGUGUUGAGCACUAUACACCCCAGUGAGGUUCUGGAGCCGUUGAUCUACCCGCUGUGUCAAGUCAUCAUCGGCUGCAUCAAGCUAGUUCCCAUCGCUCGGUAUUAUCCUCUGAGACUGCACUGCGCCAGAGCCCUCAUCUUGCUCUCUGCCAACACCAAGACGUUUGUGCCCGUUUUACCCUUUCUGGUAGAGAUCCUCCAGCAGGAAGACUUCAAUAAGAAACCAGGUCGCAUCAGUGUAAAGCCCAUCAAUUUUGCAGUGAUUCUCAAACUCAGCAAGACCAAUCUCCAAGAGAAGGCCUAUAAGGAUGGUCUGCUGGAACAGCUGUAUGAUCUCAUCUUAGAGUACCUCCACACACAGGCCUGUAGCAUUGGCUUCCCUGAGCUGGCACUGCCCACCAUCAUUCAGCUGAAAGCGUUCUUGAAGGAAUGCAAAGUGGCCAAUUACUGCAAGCAGAUGCGACAGCUGCUGGAGAAGAUGCAGGAGAACUGCAGCUACAUUACAGGACGCAGGCAGAAAGCUGCGUUUGCUGUGUCUGAUACUGAAGCUGUGGUGGCCUGGGAGAAGCAGGUUGCAAAAGAAGGAACCCCUCUCACGAAAUAUUACAGCCAAUGGAAGAAACUUCGUGAAAGGGAAAUUCAGCUGGAGAUUUCUGGAAAAGAGAGGAUGGAGGACUUGAAUCUGCCUGAAAUCAAGCGGAAAAGAGCUGAAGAGAAGAAAUCUGCCAAGAAGGAGUUUAAGGGUCUUUUUGAGUCUGAUAGUGAAGACGACAGCAAUGAAGACCUGUUCAAAUCCAGAGAGGAACAGGGUGACUCAGGUGAUGAUGAAGGCCUUGAGGAUCUUUCAGACCUGAGCGAUGAGGAUGAUGAUGAUGCCUCAGGGGAAAUUGAUGAUUCAGAUGAAGAGCAGAAAAAGCCUUCGUCCUCUAAAGGCAAGGCACCAAGGAAGAUGUUGAGCACAGAGCUGAAUCAGGUGGCGGAGGGAGGUGAUGAUAUGGUGGAGGACCUGGAACUCUCAGAUCAGGACUAAACGUGAUUGACACUGUUGUUGAGUUGUGUACAGCCCAUGUUAUAGUGAUAACUGUGUUUUCUUAUGCACAAUUGUACUUUAUAAAUGUGCGAAUUAAAACAAAGACUUCUUAUUCAUCUUCUACAAGUCAUGUUGUAUGAAAUUAAAGUCAUUUCUUACAAUAUGUAUCCAAA